GUGACUUCCCAUGAGAAAUAUUUGACGACACUAAUUUGCUGCUCUUUCUUGACUCUUGGAUGUGCUCACAGAAACAUGGAAUGACUGAAAAUCAGCUGCGUUACGUCCACGAUGACAGCUGUCUAGGAACUUUGACUGUUUUAGCAAAUUCACCUUACUUACAUGACUACAAAGUUUUAUACUUUUCUUGGAAUUUGGAAUGAGCCAUAACAGCGUAAAAAGGUGUGAAACCAAUCUCCAAACAGUCUGAGAAAAGAAAGUAGGGGACAUUACCUCUAAAAUGAGUCUCAGUGAGGAGAGAGAGGAGUGUGCAGCUGAUCAGUAUCAAAUGCCAAGAACAACAUCUCUAAGAUCAAGUUGUGUGUCUGUGAAUAGUGACGGAUCCAUGAAGCAUCUCUUUGAAUUCAGUGAUGGAGCAGUGACUGACCCUCUGAUUGAGAAAAAUGAGACUAUCAGAUCUGUGAAUUCCCACAUCAGGCAGCAAAACACAGAAUCUGCAGAGCAGAUACAUUCAAAUUUGGAGAAGACUUGGAACCUGCAGCAGCAUUUUCACCAACCAUUGGAUGAUGACCUGCGGAGAGUCAAAGACCAACACAAAACCAUCAUGAAGAACAAGUACGAGAGAUUAUUUGAGGGAAUCAAACUACACGAGAAUCAAACCCUCCUGAACAGGAUUUACACAGAGAGUGAAGGGGUGAAUGAAGAACAUGAGGUUUUACACAUGGAGAAAAUACCCAGAACUCAGCACUUACAAGACACUCCAAUUUACUCCAAUGACAUCUUUAAACCUGAACCAGGAUGUGAGGAGAAGAGAACAGACAAAAUAAAGACUGUUCUUACUAAAGGCAUCGCUGGAAUUGGAAAAACAGUCUCUGUGCAGAAGUUCAUUCUGGACUGGGCCGAAGGAAAAGCCAAUCAGGAUGUAGAUUUCAUGUUUGUGCUCCCAUUUCGAGAGUUGAACUUGAUUAAAGAUGAGCAGUACAGUCUUCACAAACUUCUGCUGGACUUUCAUCCAGAACUUCAUGAUCUGGACUCAAAGAUUUAUGAUCAGUGUAAACUUGUGUUCAUCUUUGACGGUCUGGAUGAAAACAGAAUUCCACUGGAUUUUUCAGACAGUGAGAAAGUUUCUGAUGUGACUGAGACUUCAUCAGUUGGUGUGUUGAUGACAAACCUCAUCAAAGGAGAGCUGCUUCCCUCUGCUCUCAUCUGGAUUACCUCCAGACCAGCAGCAGCCAAUCAGAUCCCCUCCAAAUACAUCAAACGUGUCACAGAAAUCCAGGGAUUCAAUGACCCUCAGAAGGAGGAAUAUUUCAGGAAGAGAAUCAGUGAUGAACAUCAAGCCAGCAGAAUCAUCUCACACAUUAGAAGAUCAAGAAGCCUCCACAUCAUGUGCCACAUACCAGUCUUCUGUUGGAUCUCAACCACUGUGCUUCAAAACAUCCUGAAACAAGAUGACAGUGCAGAAAUCCCUCAAACUCUGACUGAAAUGUACAUCCACUUCCUGCUCAUUCAGAUCAAUAUGAGGAAUCAGAAGUAUGAAGAGAAACUCCUGCAGUCCAAAAGAGAAGUGAUUGUGAAACUUGCUGAACUGGCUUUCAAACAGUUGAUGAAGGGCAAUGUCAUGUUCUAUGAGGAGGACCUGAGAGAGAGCGGCAUAGAUGUCACUGACACAUCAGUGUAUUCUGGGAUCUGCACUGAGAUCUUUAAGGAGGAAUCUGUGAUUCAUCAGAGGAAAGUGUACUACUUUAUACAUCUCAGCUUUCAGGAGUUUCUGGCUGCUUUCUAUGUGUUUUACCAUUAUGUAAUCAAAAAUGUUGACACAUUGCAAUUUUUGGAUCAAGUGUAUAAUCUGCAUAGGGACACCAUAGAUGAAGCUCUUCGGAGUGCAAAUGAACACCUGGAUCUUUUCCUGCGAUUCCUGCUGGGCAUCUCACUGCAGUCCAAUCAGAGACUCUUACAGGAUAUACUGACACACACAGAGAACAGCUCAGAGAGCAUCAAGAAAACCUCACAGUACAUUAAAAACACAAUCAAGAAUGGCAAACAUCUCUCAGCUGAAAAAUCCAUCAAUCUGUUCCUCUGUCUUCUGGAGAUGAAAGAUCAGACUCUGUCCAGAGAGAUUCAGGAGUUUGUGAAAUCAGACAAACACUCAGAGGAGAAACUCUCUCCUGCUCAAUGUUCAGCGAUCGCCUACAUGCUUCAAAUAUCAGAGGAGGUGCUGAAUGAGCUUGACCUGAAGAAAUACAACACAUCAGAUGAGGGUAGAAGAAGACUGAUACCAGCUGUGAGGAACUGCAGAAAAGCCAUUCUCAAUGGCUGUAAUCUCACUGGUCAGUCAUGUGAAUUUGUGGCUUCAGUUUUACAAUCAUCAAACUCCCUCCUGAGAGAGCUGGACUUGAGUAACAAUGACCUGCAGGAUUCAGGAGUGAAGCUGCUCUCUGAUGGACUAAAGAGUACAAGCUGUCAACUAGAGAUACUGAGAUUAUCUGGCUGUAUGGUGACAGAGGAAGGCUGUUGCUUUGUGGCUUCAGCUCUGAGUUCAAACCCCUCACAUCUGAUAGAGUUGGAUCUGAGCUACAAUCACCCAGGAGAAUCAGGAGUCAAACUGCUCUCUGAGAGACUCAACGAUCCAAACUGCAAAUUGGACAAACUCAAUGUGGACCAUAAUGAACUCUUCAGAAUCACACCAGGACUAAAUAAAUAUUCCUGUGAUCUCACACUGGAUCCAAACACAGCAAACACUUAUCUCAUUCUGUCUGAGGACAACAGAAAAAUGACACAUGUGAAAGAAAAGCAGUCAUAUCCUGAUCAUCCAGAGAGAUUUCAUGAGAGUCUUCAGGUUCUGUGUAAAGAGAGUCUGACUGGACGCUGUUACUGGGAGACUCAAUGGAGUGGCAUGGGUAAUGUAGCAGUGACAUAUAAAGGAAUAAACAGGAAACAAGGGAUUGAUUGUCGGUUUGGAUUCAAUGAAAAGUCCUGGAGUCUUUACUGGACUGACAAUGGUAACAUUUGUUCUGUCUGGCACAAUAAUAAUAACAUUGCCAUACCCACCCCCUCAACUUCAUCUAACAAAGUAGCAGUGUAUCUGGACUGGCUGGCCGGCAAGCUGUCUUUCUACAGCGUCUCUGACACACACACAUUCACACACUUACACACAUUCAUCACCACAUUCACUGAACCCCUCUACGCUGGAUUUAAUCUUUAUCCUGAUUCCUCAGUGUCUCUGUGUAAGAUUGAACCUCCUGUGAGGAAUACAUUAGAAAAUGAUUCACUUUAGACAGGGUUAUUAUUAGUUUUAAAUUUGUAAUAUUUUUAUUUCUGUUUUAUUUUUAAUUGGUCAUUCUAAUUUUGUUUAGUAUUCAUUAGUUUGCACUCUUUGUUAGUUUUAGUAUAGGUCUUUUUUUUCCCAGAUUUAUCUAAUGUCGGUUUAGUUAUUUAACGUCAAAAAAAAAAAAAAAAAAAAAAAAAAGAAAAAUUCUCAGGGCAGACUUUUAUAAGUGCUAUCUAGUAGCAUUUUAUUUAUAAGGAUUGUAAAUGUUUCAAAUUUUAUAAUAUACUGUGUAUUGUAAGGAAUUUACCUCAAAAAGGGUAUGAAUGAUUAAAUCGGGGAAUAUAGAA